UUUCUCGGUGGACUGUCGGUGGUCUGAAAGUAUAUGCUCUCUCUCCCUCCCUCUCUCUCCCAUUCAGCUUAAUCUCGCUCCUUUCAGCUAACAAUUUUAACCUACCCCUCUCUCUCUCUCUCUAUAUAUAUAUAUAUAUCUAUUUAUAUACAUACCUUGCGAUGAAGAAAAAUGCUUUAACUUUCUCUCUCAAAUAACACCAGUAAAUCAAGGUCCCUGAUUGUUCCAAAUCCUUUGCUCUCUCGUGUGGCUAUCAUCUUUCUUUGCUUUUUAGAGAGAGAGAGAGAGAGAGUUCAUUCAUUAUUAGAGAGAGAGAAGGGAAAGUCAGUGUUAGAGAGGUGUAUAUUUGUUGGAGUAAGACUGUCCAGAGGGAGAGAGAGUGAUACUGGAGGGGAUCAGUGCUUGCUAGAUUUGUGGUUGAUCUGAGGAAAUGGCGGUGGAUCCGAGACAGGUGUUGGCUGGUUUCUUAACCCUCACAAUGUUUGCAAUGUUGGGGAAUAUGAUCAAGAGAGACCAUUUUGAUUCUGUUGAUGUGAAUCAGUCCAAUGUGCCAAAUGUUCCUUACGAUGAUGUGAAGUCUGAGCACAGCCUUGUUACAUUUCCUAAAGGGAGUAAUGGACCUUGGAAAGAAGAUGGCCUAGACCUAAAACCUUGUUGGACCACACCAAAUUUGGACGAGGCACAACAGUCUGAAGGGUUCAUCACCUUCUCAUUGACUAAUGGCCCUGAAUAUCAUGUCUCACAGAUUGCUGAUGCAGUGGUAGUGGCAAGAUAUCUAGGAGCAACUCUUGUGCUCCCGGACAUUAGGGGAAGCAACCCAGGUGAUAAGAGGAACUUUGAAGACAUUUAUGAUGUUGAGAAAUUCUUAAAAAGUCUGGAUGGGGUGGUCAGAGUGACAAAAGAUCAGCCUGCUGAAAUAUCAGCACGAAACCUUGCAGUUGUUAGGGUCCCUAAUCGAGUUACCGAAGACCACAUUCAAGAAAAUAUUGAACCAAUAUUUAGAAAGGGCAACAUAAGACUGGCAACUUACUUCCCUUCAGUAAAUAUGAGAAAGACUACACAAAAGAGCAACAGUGAUUCAGUUGCAUGCUUGGCAAUGUUUGGAACUCUAGAAUUACAACCAGAGGUCCGUGAAGUGGUUGACUCAAUGGUAGAGCGGCUAAGAGCUUUAAGUCGGAAGUCAGAUGGCCAGUUCAUAGCAGUGGACUUGAGGGUUGACAUAUUGGAGAAAAAGGGUUGCCAAGGAAGUGGUACUCAUGGAAUGAAAAGCUGUUAUAGUCCACAGGAGGUCGCAUUAUUUUUGAGGAACAUUGGUUUUGACAAGGACACCACAGUAUAUUUGACCCAAUCAAGGUGGGAUGGCAGCCUUGAUGCCCUGAAGGAUUUCUUCCCAAAAACUUACACAAAGGAAGGCAUAAUGCCAGUGGAUAAAAAGGAUAAAUUCCUCAACUCUGAAGCAUCUGAAUUCGAGAAGGUUAUUGACUUCUACAUGUGUUCUCAGAGCGAUGUUUUCGUACCAGCCCUCUCAGGUCUGUUCUAUGCCAAUGUAGCCGGUAAAAGAAUCGCUUCUGGCAGAAGUCAGAUACUUGUUCCAGCAGACAUUUCUGGUUCGAAAGCUCCUGCUGCAGAUUUCAUAUCCCCUUAUAUUUCAAAGAAGAACCACUUGGCUUAUUCAUGCUUCUGCUAACUCUUCAUGUGAAGGAUCCAUGAAGAGAGCAUUGAAAAGAUUUCCUCCGGCACCUUCCAGAAUGGUAAUGUUUGCUAAUUUACCUUGGUCAAGCUUUUUAUUUGUAAAAAGACAAGCAGGUCGGUUACAGCAUUUAUACUUUUGAUUGAUUGUGGUCCUAAGUACCGAAAAAGAACUCUCUUCAAAGCGAUUUUCGUAGAGGCUCUUCAAUUUAACUGCGGAUUCCUCUAAGAUAUAAUCGUUAAAUGUUGUCGAGUAUAUUUUAGAUUUUGUAUCUUAAAUUCAUUGUAACAACUUUUUGCAUUCAGAAAAUUUAGAGUGGAAAGUAUUUGUUAAUUGCUCA